AUGUCGGGUAAUGCAGUUCAGAUAUGUUUCAGCGUUCUUCACAGCAUCACGGAAAUCGAAUAUGGCGUCUGUAGAUACGAGUGGAUUCAGCAGAAGCGGAGGACGGGGAGCAAGAGCCUCAUUGCAGUUGAGGAUCUAGAGGAUCUUACUCUGCACGUGCAGGGAGCCAAGGCGACAUUUCAGAACAUCCUCGCCGAUAUCCUUCAGGACGACUUCGUUUCUGCCCAGGAUGGAGAGGAGCUGCGGCGUGCCGAAGAGAAAAUGCGCCGGAUGCUGGGAUUCAACUUUGGCUUGUUCGUGAGCGCCGCCGAUCUCAUUGGAAGGCAGAUUGGCAAAAUCGCCGGUGCUCUCAGGCUCAACUUUCAUGAACCAACUCGGCUAAGACUACUGGAACUCCUCGAAUUACACAGAGACGAAGACCCGGAUGAUGCUUUGAAUGCAGAUUAUACUUUGUGGCAAAUCCGGAAGUUGCGUUUUCAAGCGCUGCUGGAAGAGGAAUUGGUCAGUUACGAUGUCGUGAUUACAAGCCCAAUCUUGGAAGUGACAACUUUUGCUGAUGCUUAUUUGGAGCUUGAAGACGAUGUGCUGGGGCACAUAUCGCGAUCCGCCGAGGCCAAGACGGAGCCUAUCCUAAGACUUGUACUCAAAAACAUACCGUCUAAAAGCCUCAAGGCUCAACGUCGAGAUUGGACAUUUGCGGGCCUGACCGUAUCGCUGGUCCAGUCAAACAGAGAAUCAGAUGACAACUCCGCCGACAGGGUCACAAAAGCGACCAAAAGCGUCGAGAAAGGUGUGAGGCGGACCUUCACCCGGUCGAAAGAAACCCUUGGGAUGACCAAAUCGCCUUCUUUCGACCUCUGCAACUUCAUCUCCAAGUGGCAAAUGGAGAAAACAGCCACAUUGCAACCCCAAGUGGCCGAGAGUGGCCAGAUAGGCCCUAUCCAUCUGCAAUACGACCGGUCGCAGCUUCGUUUCAAGGAAAUGGCUAACCUGUUGGGACAGCUGAACGAGCAUCACCUCUCGGUACCGGAGCGGUUGCAAAUGGCUCUGAAGGUGGCGGAGAGCCUGCUGUACCUUCACGGAACGUCACUCCUCGGCAAGGUGUGGAUGAGCAGCGACAUCUGGUUGACCCGGCCGGGAGCACUUGGAGGACCCCCAAUCCGACUUUUUCUAUCCGCAAGUACUAUCAGUGAAAUCAACCAGAAUAUCAAGUCCACGCUCGGAAACGCGAAGGACAUGAGCCCCGCUGAAGAAUUCGUUGCCCGCGUUGAAGAAGUCAUGGAACCACGAAUACUUUCCCUGGGGGUUUUCCUCGUCGAGCUGGCGAGGAACAGCUCGUGGUCGUCACUCCGGACCAAGCUUCUGCCAGAUGUGACAUUUAAUCAUACACUCUCAGACUACGACCUGGCCGCUCUGAACAGAAGUGUUCAGGAAUUUGGCAGCAAGUCUGCUGCUCCAGAAGAAACGAGUCUCGUGGCUGCUGCCCCCGUGUUCUUCGAAGUCAUUCGCAAAUGUGUGCAAGGCGACUUCUAUGGCCCCAUGGACCCUAAACGGCCUCGCCAGUCGCUGGACGAGUCUGCGUUUCGGCAGAUGGUUUACGACCAGGUCGUGUGCGGUCUCAAAGACGCUCUUGAGGACUAUGACUUUGCAGCUAAAUGGCCGCCCUCCUUAGACUUGAUAGACGGCCACUUGUUUGAUGAUGUGGUUAACGUCACUGCAGAAGCACGCGCACGUUCCGAUCGAUGGUUCAACGAUUGGCGGUACCACGUUCAGCCGUUCCUGAAGGAGAGCCAACCGAAACUGAAAGAACCGCGGCGGUUGAAGAUUGCCAUUCUCGACACUGGAAUAGACUUGGUACAUGACACUAUCAUAGUCCAGAAACGCCGUAUUACAUGCAAAAGCUUCCUAGAUGGCAAAAGCGCAACGAUUGAUGAACACGGCCAUGGCACUCAUAUAGCUGGGCUGGUGCUGCGCCUUGCCAUAAAUGCCGAUGUCUAUGCCUAUCGCGUGGCCGUGGAGGAUAAGUUCACGGAAGAGAAUAUUGGUGCCAUUGCUCUGGCUCUGGAGGAAGCUGUACGCGAGAAGGUUGACAUCGUUUCCUUGUCACUUGGUUUUAAUUACAAGACCAAAGCUCUCUUAAAGGUCCAUGAGGCUUUGCUAAAGGCAUACGCGAACAAAGUUGUCAUAUUUGCCGCGGCCAGCAAUUCGGGAGCGACCGUCAAGAAGCUGGCAUUUCCAGCAGAUCAGGACGAGGUCAUAUGGGUUGGUGCUGCGGAUGGCCUUGGCGUCACAUCGGCAUUCACGCCCAGUCACAAGGUCAGCAAUACUUAUUACAAGUUCACGGCGCUGGGCGAGGGCGUCAAGUCUACAUGGCCGGCCGCGCGUGUCGAAAGCGGCUACGAAGCCCGCUCUGGCACUUCAUAUGCCACGCCCAUCGCGGCUGCGGUGGCGGCGGCAGUCAUGGACUUUAUAAGAUACAAACUGAUCGGUGCUGCUCCGGGAAGCGAUGACGAUGCUCGCCUCCAGGCAAUGAAGACGAAGAAAGGCGCGCAGCUCAUCUUGAAAGCUCUAACGGUUGAUACCGCUGAUGGGUACCACUUCCUUAAUCCUUCUGUGCUAUUCAACAGGCACAGCGAGCAACGAUCGAAUCAAGUACGCGACGCAUUGGUCACUAUUCUUGGUCAGGUCUAGGCAAUAUAACAAGCUCCAUGAACGCCCGCUGAGCAAC